AUGAAAAUCAGUACCACCUUCGCCAACCUCGUGGCCUACUGUGCCAUUGGCAUCCACGCAAUGCCCUCAAACCCAGAACCAGUAUCUGAGCUCACCAGCCAGGACGAAAACCCCAUACUGGAGAAGCGAAAGUGCUAUAACGGGAAAAAGGAAUACGGCUGUGACAAAGGAUGGUGCUGGAAGAAGUGCGGCGGUGGUACUCCAGACAUCGCCAACAGUGGCCCGUGGUGCUGGGCCAAAUGGAACUGGGGAUGGGGUGAUGGUAACUGGGUCUCUUGCCACUAUGAUAGCGACUGCAAGAAGGCCUUUGCUGGUGAAGCUGCGUGCGCCCAGGGAAACUGUGAGGACUGUGGAUGCAGCUGUUAA